AUGGCAGCGACUAUGAAAGAAAAUGUGGAUCUAGGUUUUCUCGAAAAAACUACCCCUAACUUCCUUCUAAGUCAUCAGUUUCCAAGUAAAGUGGGAUCUAAGCCUGCAUGGCUAUCCCUAUCACCACUUCCAACUCCUGAAGAACUGACCUGCAGCAUAUGUGGGAAGCCAUGUGUGUUUUUGUUGCAAAUUUAUGCUCCAGAUUCUGAAAAUUACUCCUGUUUCCACAGAACAGUAUUUGUAUUCAUUUGUAAGGAUCCUCUAUGUAGUCAGAAGAAUGAUAGAAAGAGUUUUAGGGUGUUAAGAUCACAAUUGCCAAAAGUGAAUGACUUCUACAGCCAGGAACCCCCUCUAGAAGACGAAGCGGCAGACGACGAUUGUGCUGCCUAUCCAAAUGCUGCAGGACAUCAAAAUCUCUGCAUUAUUUGUGGAUGCCAUGGACCAAAGACUUGUGCAAAAUGUAGGAAAGUUCAUUACUGUGGAAAAGAUCACCAGACAGUGCAUUGGAAGUCGGGACACAAGACAACAUGUGGACAAGAAGGUCAAACUGUCGUGGCAUCCUAUCUUUUCCCAGAAUUCGAGGUGGUGAUGGAAACUGAACAGUAUAAAGAAGUGGCAAUAAAAGAAAAGUCUGAAGAGGAGAAGAUGAAGGAAUAUGAAAAGUUUAUGGCAGGCCAAGUGGGCAAAAGUACAAUGACCGGGAAAGAGGUUGAUAGUGACCUGAUGAAGAUGGCAUUUAAUGAGGAACAAGAAGACAAGGCUUUCAAGAGGUUCAAGAAGAGAAUUGAACCAGAGCCAGAGCAGGUCUUGAGGUAUAACCGAGGUGGUGAUCCACUCUGGGUUUCAAAUGAGAAUAUACCCAGCCAAGAAGAUAUACCAAAGUGUGAUUGUGGUGCUACAAGGACAUUUGAGUUCCAGGUACUCCCGCAACUUUUGAACCAUCUGGAUGUGACGUCUGUAGGAGACAGUAUAGACUGGGGGACGCUGCUGAUUUACACAUGCUCUGCAAACUGUGACAUAAAAAAUGAUUAUCACCCAGAAUUUUUGUGGAAGCAAGACUUUUCAGCAGAUGAAGCAUAAGGCAUUAUAUUCUAAGAUAGUGAUGUGACCACUAUAUCUGUGAGAACAUUUUCUUCAACAAUAAUCAUCAGAUUCCUAAAUGGUAUAGGAUCUUUGUGGACACUUAUUCUUGAUGUCAAGCCUUCCCUUGGUUGAAGAAUAUCAAUGAACUCUUUCUUUUAAGUAGCUGUUUGAUUGGUUCGAAGACGUUGUUUGAAGAUGGAUGUUGAUAUGUGCA